GGGCUUAGAAAGUAUGAACUUGUGUAUGAUUUAGCUGCAGGAAGCAUUAAGAAGGGGAAAGACUGCAACCAGGACGCCGUAUGCUCACUCUUUAAAGGCUUUUCCUGAGGACAAGCUGCUUUAUGGCUCCUCGGACUUUUUUCCACCGGGUCACACUCUUUGUAGUGCGCUCCUUCACUCCGGAGAGUUGUCUUCUUAUUUAAAAAAAAAAGAACACCAGACCUUGAACCCGUGCUGUUUUUUUUUCUUCUCCCCCCUCUUCUCUCUUAUUCUGUGCGUAAUUUGGAUCCAGGAUCGAGGAGAAAAACAGAGGCGACACCGCAACAAGGCGAGGAAUCAACGCAGAAAUUGAAGUUGGAAAAAAUGAAAGCCGUCUUGGAUUUCUGCUGGCUUUUCCUCAUGCUGCACACUCCCGGCGUGCUGUCCUUGUCCACACAUGUAGCAAUCAUCUACCCCCAGGACCCUGUGCUUCGCAUGGGGUCCAACCUGACAGCCAGCUGCUGGGUCCACCCCGACCUCGGCGUCCAUGCCAGCUCUCUGUUCUGGACACUGAACGGUCAACAGCUGCCCAGCUCCCUCUACAGAGUGCUGAGCCCCACCAACCUCAGCGUGACGCUGGCCGGACUCAACGCCUCCAGGCAAACAUCCGGCGACAACCUUGUCUGUCACAAUCACAAGGGACACAUAUUGGCUGGCUCCUGUCUUUACGUUGGGAUGCCUCCAGAGAAGCCAGUCAAUCUGACCUGCUGGUCCAGGAACACGAAGGACCUGACUUGCAGCUGGGCUCCAGGAGGAAAAGGAGAGACUAACAUCAGCACACAGUACCGGCUCAAGUACAAACUCAGAUGGUACGGUACGGAGAAGCAGUGCGAGGAUUACACUCAUACGCAGCCGUACUCCUGCAGCAUCACCCAGGACCUGCACCUCUUCACGCCCUACGAGAUCUGGGUGGAGGCCUCCAACCAGCUGGGCCGGGCCACCUCCGAUGUCAUCACCCUUGACAUCUUAGACGUGGUAACCACAGACCCUCCGUCAGGUGUGACCGUCAGUCGCGUUGGCCAGUUGGAGGACCAGCUGAGCGUUCGCUGGGAGGCCCCGCCCGCCCUCAAAGACUUCUUAUUUCAGGCCAAAUACCAGAUCCGCUACAGGUUGGAGGACAGCCAAGACUGGAAGGUGAUGGAUGAUGUCGGGAACCAGACUUCGUGCAGGUUGGCCGGACUGCGACCUGGAACCGUGUAUUUCGUCCAGGUUCGCUGCAACCCUGUGGGCAUCUACGGCUCUCGCAAAGCUGGGAUCUGGAGCGAGUGGAGCCACCCGACAGCUGCUUCCACGCCCCACAGUGAGCGCCUGAUGUCGGGCUCCUGUGACUCAAAGUCGAGCGGAGACUCCAACUCCACCCUGCGCAGGGAGCUGAAGCAGUUCUUCGGCUGGGUGCGGAAACACGCCUACGGCUGCAGCAGCAUGUCCAUGAAGCUGUACGACCAGUGGCGAGUGCUGAUGCAGAAAUCCCACAAAGCUCGCAACCAGGUAGGUUCUCCAAGGGGAUAAAUCAUAGCACAUGCUGGUUUUUCGAGCAGAAAACAAGUCAAGAAAAAGAACUGAGUGGAUGUGAUCUGUUUUUUUUUUUUUUGUCGAUGUGUGUGUGUGACAAAUGAGGAAAAAAAGAGACUGUAUUCGUAUAGUGGAAUUAUAAAGACAAUUUGCUGCAGACAUCUUGUGUGGAUACCAGCUGUGGCUGCGAGAGGACGCCCAGAGGAGAAAACAAAAAAACGGUGGGAUUUUCUGCCUUCUGCAUCUUUUGCAGUCAAUAUGAGCACUUGAAAGAUGUGCAGCCGGGACGGACUGAGAAGGCGAACUCAUCAUGGACAUCCUGGUAUCGUGGCGUGGCGAGGAAAGGGACCAUGUGGACGACUCCGCUCUCACAAAUGAUAUUGUAGCAUGAAUAACCCGGACUUUCUGUUUGUUCUAAGCGUGCACAGAGGUGAUCAAAACAGAUUCAAACCAACCAGAAGUUCGUCCAAAAGUGUUCUGAGAAGCUUCUGGGUUUCUCCUGUGGAUCCAAAGCACCAUCUAGUGGCCGCUCAGCAUCCGUGGAAACUCCAAUCCAAGCGUUCACAAGUUUAUCACACAGUAUUUCUUAACUCAUGCUUUUGUUACAUAGGUGGAUAAUUUGCCAAACUGGUUCGCUCAGGAUUCGUCUGUUUCUGUGUGACAGUAAGUGACUGAUGCCAUGUUUGUGUACGGAAACAUUUCACUGCGUUUAUUUUUGUACUGAAUUGUACCAGCAUAUUUAAAGUAUAAAGUUAUGUUUUAAUUUUUAAAUUAUGUUUAGUUAGUAAAGACUGUACAAUGACUGAAGUUGUUAUCAAUCUCUGAUGAUGUUCUAUAAAUAUAUAUGUAUAUAUAUAUAUAUAAAAACAAAUGUUGCCAUAAACA